AUGGUAGCCGAAAGUCACGGUCCGCGCCAGAACGCGCUGGCAGACAUACAAUUCGCAUCGAUCCUCGACGACGAUGACCUCACGCCCGUCGAAUCCGGUGACGAGACGGAACAGGAGCAGAGGCUGGAGCUGGAGACGGUCCAGUCGGCCAUUGGGGUCAGCAUAGGACAACAACAGACGCGUCUGACAUCGCCGAAGACGCCCGCUGCUGAGAAGGCCGCUGCGUUGGACGACAUUGAGGGCGGCGCGCUCUUCGAUGGCUGGGAACAGCAUGCGACUGCUGUAAUAGACGCUCGAUCACGACACCAUGUAUCCUCUCCAGGCGAUGCUAUUAGGAGUCGUGCAAAGACUGAGGAGCAGAUCAAGUACGGGUCCAGCCCAGAUGAGGCUCUCGAGCGCCUGCCUUCUCCGUGGCGCGCGGGCCCCAAAACCUUCCAGGAUCGCAUGAGCGAUCACCGCGCCUCGCUGCGCCAGCACCUCAACAACGGUCGGCGAAGAGCGUCGUCGAGCGGAUCAAUGGCCGACACAGUACGGAAAUACGUGCCGUUCAACCUGCCAAAGGCUCCAAAACACCUGCAAUUCUCGCUACCAUCCUUUUCAGCCCUGACACUGGACCAAGAGCGCGGGAAACCCAGGCCAGGCACAAGCUCGCGACCCAGACAAAUAGAAGCUGCAAGCUCUGGCGGCAUACCUCAGCACGAUGGCAAUUCCGAAUCAACUAUUGGCCGCCGCAGGAGUCUGAGUUCACCACAGCAGGCCAGCACGGCGCCGCUGACCCAAGGUGAGCUCGAGAUUGACAGCGUAUCUACUCUUAUUCCGAGAGGCACUCCUCGCGUAUCGCACGAUCGACCUGCGCCUAGGCUUCGCAGGUCAAACUCAGACGGCUCUAUGCUACUCUAUCGGUCCAAGUCUAUUGCUUCCUCCCUUGGCGACGACUCUCGAUUUGAGAGUGUGUCCGAGAUGGUCAACAGCAGAUUCAAAGCUAUCAAAGACAGUUUCCAAGACUCUAACUUCAAGCUUCCAAGUCCUUCGUUAUCGAACUUCAACUUUUCACACAGAGACGAGAUAUCCAGAAGCCGUAAUGGUAGCAUACCACCUCGGAGCCGAACAGUCGACGAACCUUCCAUACAACGAUUCAGUCUUCGCCCCAGUCCAUCGACAUUUCCGCGAAAUGGCUCGUCCGUAUCCCUUAGAGCAAUGCGACCAUUCAAGGACGGCGGCUCAGAGGCCGACACCCACCCUAACUUUACAAGGGCGCUCGAAGAAUUGGAAGGUGACCUUGUAGUCCUUGGCGGAUACCGUGGCUCUAUCUUGCGUUCUGCAGAACCCCCGAACCGCCAGCUGUGGGUGCCCAUCAAGGUCGGUCUCAAUUUGCGGAAGGUAGAUCUGGAGGUGCCGUUCGAUGAGGGCGCAGACGAGAGAAUGGAGCAAACCAUUAUACCUGACGGCAUGUUGACACACAUUGGACCCGUCGACAUCUCAAAACGCCUUCUCAAACGGCUACGAGCAUCUGAGAAUUUCAAGAACGGGAAACUCAGAGUCCACAAUUAUGGCUAUGAUUGGCGGUUGUCGCCGCACUUCCUCUCCCAGCGACUCAUGAAAUUCCUGGAAUCUCUUCCGUGCAACCAAGCAAACGUUCCUCCUGAGAAGAGAGGUGCUAUUGUAAUUGCACACUCGCUGGGCGGUCUGAUCACCCGCCACGCUAUCAAUGAGCGACCGAAUCUUGUCUCAGGCGUAGUUUAUGCGGGUGUACCGCAGAACUGUGUGAAUAUUCUUGGUCCCUUCCGAAACGGCGAUGACGUUUUACUCUCAUCUCGCGUGCUGACUGCGCAGGUGAACUUUAGUAUCCGCACCUCCUUUGCUUUGCUGCCUCUCGAUGGAAAAUGCUUCUUCAACAAACAAACCAAAGAAGAAUAUCCUGUCGAUUUCUUUGACAUCAACACUUGGAUCGAAGGCCGCUUGUCGCCCUGCAUUGCCCCACCUUUGCCACGUCCGGAGCUGCCUAAAGACAGUAGCUUCAGCGUGAGUGGUGUCUUAAGCGCUAUGUCGCAGGCGCUACCGACGUUUCCGGGUCGAAAAGGGAGCAUGUCACGAGGCAACGGCGAGACAAGCAACAGCGCUGUAGAUACCGUGGGACAAAAAGUUGCCGAGGGCAAUGCUGAAGUGGCAGGUGGUGGAGUAGAGCCACAGAUGAUGGCAGGACGGCGGAUGUCGCGCUCCACGUAUACGACAAACGACCCGAAUCCCGCGACAGCGGUCACGAUAUCGCGUGAAGAUGCCAUCAAGUACCUCACUCGAGUCCUCGCAGAAACCAAGCGAUUCAAGGAAGCGCUAGCCCACGAGCCCAGACACACGGAAGCCAAUGCGUACCCGCCGAUCGCUCUCAUGUACGGAAAAUCUACACCGACGGUGUACGGUGCCAAAGUCGAGUCUCGAGAAGCGAUCGCCAGAGCCGAUGUCUACGAUGAGUUGGCAUUCGCGAGCGGAGACGGUGUUGUACUUGCGCGCGCAGCCAUGGUACCCGCAGGAUACUCAGUCGCCAAAGGUGGCGCCGUAUCGAGCGACCGUGGACACGUCACUUUGCUAGGAGAUCUCGAGGGGGUCGGCCGUUGUUUGCGUGCUGUUAUCAAGGCGCGGCGGGCUGGAGUUGGUCUAGGUGCGAAGGAGAAGAACGGCGCGGAUAAAGUUAAAUCCCGGGGCCUAGGCAUUCAAGAGCCGCAGGUCGUCGCGUAG